CAGCGGUGUUACGAAACAAACCCUGUUUGCUCCCAGGAUCAGCUUAAGAGCUCGUUUUACAACGUCAGAGUGCCCCCUUGGGGCGAGCAGUACUGCAUGACCAGCAGCUACCGCCGGCAGCACCAUGAAGAGCCGAUACAGCGACGUCUCCGCUCUGCCCCCCGGCUGACCCGAGCACCCGCGGCUGAGGAGAAGCGGUGUGCCGCGCGGCGGGGGCUACCUGCACGUUGGGCCGGUUCCUUUUGGUCGCUCCCUCGAAGGCCAGGUCUGAAUGGAGUCUCAAUAUCUGAAGCGAUGCCUGGGAAGUUGCCUGAAAAAGGGACUGGCAGAGGUUGUAGAGCAUCGGCCAGCAGACCCAAUAGAGUACCUGGCACAUUGGAUUUAUAAUUACAAGAGGAUCUUAGAUGAAGAGAAAAAGAGAAUGUUGGAGAGGAUUGAGCUGGAAAAACAACAGGAGGCAGCCCUGGAAGAACUUGAAAUGUUAAGAAAAAUGAAGGAGGAAGAACUAAUGAUUCAGCAGAAACUCGAAGAACAACGUCAGAGGCAGUUGGAAGAAGAACGUGUGAAUCUGGAACUGCAGAAUGAAGAAGACGAGAUGCAGUUGCAGCAGAAGGAUCAAGAGGAAAGUGAAAAGACGAUUGCUGAACUUACAGAUAGACCUGGGGCACCUAAUUUGACCACAGUUGAGGAGCUAGACGAGAGUGGACAGCUUGAGACUGCAACAGAAGUCAUGGCAGAAUCAGAACAAGAAAAUUCCCAACCGAUCUGAAAGCAGUAAAUAUAUUUUCUAUUCAUUGCUUGCUGAUCAACUUCAUAUUCAUUGAUUGCUGAAGGGCAAUGCCUUAAUUUAUGUAUUUUAUAUAUAGAACUGAUUUGCAUACCUGUUAUUUCAGUUUUCUUACUUUCUGGGUGUAUGAAGUCUGUUAGUGCUGGCAUGCUAUGCUGCCCUUUUGCUCUUAAACCAGAGUAGCUGGCAUGGAUGACAUGAAGGAAUAAAACUGGAGUUGUGAUGAAAAUAGUAAAUAUAUUUUUUACUUAUUGCUCACUGAUUCUUAAGAGUAACAACUUAAUAUGCAUGUGGAUUUUAUAGAUAUAAUUCAUGUAUCAAGGUUGUUAUGGAGUAGGGGCAACAAUACGAUAACUUGAAUCAAUAGUAAAAAAAAGCAAAAGAUCAAAAAGACUUUACAAGAAUUUGAAAGGUUUCUGAUAUUAAGAAAGCAUGAGAUAUAUAUAUCAGGAGAUGGAGAGAGAAUUGUAUACAACAAACUAAAUGCAAAAAUUUAGUCAGAAGCUUUUUGCCAUCUAGAAGUAACCUUCUCACUCAGUAGACAGGUGUACUAAAAGACCUUCUGUGUCUAACAUAGAAGUCAUGAGGUACUUUUUGUAACUCUAGGUGUUUGCUCUGGAGUUUAGAUAAACUUUUCUGGUUAUUGUGUGAUAUUAGAUGAGCUACAACUGUCUGCAUGUCCGUUUUGGUUAAUCGGGUCUUAAAAUAAUCUUCUGCAUUUGUCUUGAAUUUGCAAGUCAAUAAACUAUGUCUGUGUUGAUUAUCUUUGCUAAAUACCAUUAUUGUUUUUCAAGGCUUCACAUCUAAAAUUUUGGAAGAAUAUUUAAUAUUUUCCAUAUCUAUUUAAAAAUCAGUUUUAUAUCCCUUAAAGAUUGCAUUAAUUCUUAUCAUAAUUUUCUGUAAUCACUGAUAUCUUGGUACAGGUCGUAAAGAAUGUUUCAUUCAUUAUAAAUGGAAAAGACACCAGCCUUGAGAAAUCCUCUGCUUCUUGGUUGAAAAGUGUUUUCACAUCUCAGUGUCUUCUAAUAACAUGAGUUACUGGACAAUUAACAUUAGGAUAUUGCCAAUAUUAUAUGAUGGGAUACUCUUCAUUACGAAUUCAGUGCACAGUUAAUAUAUUUGCCAUUCUUCAAGUGUGGGAUGAAAGAAUUUUUUGGGGGUAGUUUCACUUUAAAUCAUUUAUAUUAUAGCUGGCUUUAAGAUAUUUCUCUUUGGUAAAAUGUUAAAAAUAGGAACACCCAAUAGGCAAAGGUCAAUCAUGUAAUAAAUAAGGUCAAUCAUGUAAUAAAUAUUUUUCUGCUCUAAA